GAGGAAGAGAUGCGAGUGAGGAGGAAGCACAAAUGACCAAAUGACAGGAAGCAUUUACACUAAUUUCACAGACAGCCCCGAGCCCCGGUAGAACAAACAGGCACGCGUGCUGAGGGCGGACAUUGGAAUUAAACAAAAGCCUAAUUUCCCCCGCAUCCUCAGAGCAGAGGAAAUCGCCUGCCUCCGCCCCUUGUGACCUACAAGUAAACAGAUGGAGAAACAGGCCGGAGCUGCCGGGGCGGCGGACGGAGCAGGGCCGAACAGAAAGCCCUGGGGCUCGCCGACCAGUGCACCAUCCGCCGGGGAAACCCUGGACAGUCCAACAGGUUCCCAUGUAGAGUGGUGUAAACAGUUGAUAGCAGCCACCAUCUCCAGUCAGAUCUCAGGAUCGGUCCCACCUGACAUUGUGAACAGGGACAACAAGGCCAGAAGAAGACCAGAUCUCAUGCAAGAUUCACAAGAUGAAGGGCUUUGUUACCAUGGAGAAAGUGAUUCUGAGCAUCCUUCCAAUGCUUUGAACCUUCCAGCUUUGAGAUACGGGGCGCAGGCCACAAUGUUUCAGAAUCAGGUUCCUCUGCUACCAGGAGAGACUAUUCAGACCACAGUCAAGGAUGUAAUGUAUAUCUGUCCGUUCAGUGGUCUGGUUAAUGGAACCCUGACCAUCACAGACUACAAGCUCUACUUCUCCAGUGUGGAAAGGGAGUCUCCGUUUGUUCUUGAUGUGAACCUGGGAGUCAUCAGCAGACUGGAGACCAUCAGCGUUCCCAACCAGGGAGAGAACACCAAAGGACUGGAGCUGGUCUGCAAGGACAUGAGGAGUCCCAGGUUUGCUUAUAAGACAGAGGAGAGCCAUCCAGAUGUGGUGGAGCUGCUGGCCAAACACGCCUUCCCCCUCUCCCACAGCCUGCCCGUGUUUGCCUUCCUGUACAAAGAGCAGUUUCCUGUGGAUGGCUGGAAGGUGUAUGACCCAACAGCAGAGUACAGGCGCCAGGGUCUCCCUAAUGAGAGCUGGACCAUCAGCAAGAUGAACAGCACCUACGAGCUCUGUGACACCUAUCCCUCCGUCGUGGUCAUCCCCACCAACAUCACAGAUGAAGACAUCAGACGGGUGGCCGUGUUUAGAGCCAAGCAUCGCAUACCGGUCUUGUCCUGGAUUCACCCAGAGUCUCAGGCCACCAUCAUACGCUGUAGCCAGCCGUUAGUCGGACCUUUAGACCGUCGCUGUAAAGAGGAUGAACGCUUCCUCCAAAUCAUCAUGGAUGCCAACGCCCAGUCCCACAAGCUCACCAUAUUUGACGCCCGGCAGAAUAGUGUAGCAGACACCAACAAGGCAAAGGAUGGAGGGUAUGAAAGUGAGAGUUUUUAUUCAAACGUGGAGUUGAACUUCCUGGAAAUCCCCAACAUCCAUGUGAUGAGGGAGUCUCUGAGGAAGAUGAAGGAUGUGGUUUAUCCCACCAUAGAUGAAGCCCACUGGCACUCUGCUAUUGACCAAACACACUGGCUGGAGUACAUACGGCUACUAUUAGCAGGAGCAGCAAAGAUAGCUGAUAAGCUAGAGUCUGGGAAGACGUCAGUGGUGGUUCACUGUAGUGACGGCUGGGACCGGACAGCUCAGCUCACCUCGCUGGCUAUGCUGAUGCUCGACAGUCACUACCGCACUCUCAGAGGAUUCCAGGUUCUGGUGGAGAAGGAGUGGGUUAGCUUUGGACACAAGUUUGCUGCUCGCGUGGGUCACGGUGAUGAGAACCAUGCUAACUCAGAACGCUCACCUCUCUUCGUCCAGUUCAUCGACUGUGUUUGGCAAAUGACUCGCCAGUUCCCGUCAGCCUUUGAGUUCAAUGAGUUGUUCCUGAUCACAGUGCUGGACCACCUCUACAGCUGUCUGUUUGGUACAUUCCUCUAUAACAGUGAACAGGAGAGGGCAUCCAAGGAGGUACAGACCAAGACAGUGUCCCUGUGGUCCUACAUUAACAGCCAACCUGAGGACUUCACCAACCCCUUCUAUGUGGACUAUGAGCACCACGUUCUGUAUCCACUGGUUUCCUCAAGACAUCUGGAGCUGUGGACCGCCUACUACGCCCGCUGGAACCCUCGCAUGAGACCACAGGUGCCGGUGCACCAGACGCUGAAGGAGCUGCUGAUGCUGAGAGCAGAGCUCCAGAGGAGGGUGGAGGAGUUGCAGAGAGAAGCCUCCUCCCACUCCCUGUCCUCCUCCUCUGAACACUCCCCCUCACACACCACAGGGACUCCCCUGCACACCGCUGUCUGACUGACACACACACACACACACACAGAGUUAAAUGCAUGUUUUAGCCCAAUUACUAUAAAUACUGAUGUUUACAAUGUGAAGGAGCCUUUACAAAGAGAAUCCUAAUUUUAUAUUAACAUUCCUAAAAUCUCCUCAAGAUGUUUGUUAAAUAAAAAUAAAAACGUAUUUAAAGACAGUA